UACUUCGAUUGGAACAAGAAAGCAGUCAGAAUGUCGACAGAAUACGUCAAGUGCGCCCACAGAACCAUCCCAGAUGAUGGCAACUUUGCAAACAGAAAAAGGCUAGUGAUCUGCUGUGAUGGCACGUGGAACAACUCCAACAAUGGCGGCGUACCCACCAACGUGAGUCGGCUGUCUUCUGCAGUCGCACACAAGUGCUGCACCGGCAUGGCCCAAGUAGUCUACUACCACCGCGGCCCUGGAACGGAACAAGACAAGUGGGCCAGCUUUGUGGGAGGCCUGUUCGGUCUGGGUGUAAAACAGGAUAUUGUGGAUUGUUACCGCUUCAUCUGCGAUAACUACAACCCAGGAGACGAGAUCAUUAUCGUCGGCUUCUCGCGAGGCGCUUUCACGGCCCGGUCACUCGCAGGCAUGGUCUGCACGCUUGGUUUCCUCAACCGCUCUGGAAUCAGCAGCCUACACGCCAUUUACAACGACUACAAGGCCUUCAACGACUGGAAGCAUCCUAACAUGUUUGACCCCAAGGUGCAUCUACUGGGUUUCAACCACGACCAGUUGAAGAUGAAGAUAGAGAAGGAGUACAUGGCAGAGAUUCAGCCGCUCGAAGAUCAAUUGGACCCCAUGUGUGUCGGAGAGUUAUCCGAAGAAGCGUUUUGGGAUGUGGAGGAGAAGCUAUUGAAACUCCUCGAACGUUACGAAAAAGCUAUGAGUCAAGAAGCGUUGGAGAAGCAGCUGUAUGACGACAAGAAGAAGUUGUUUACAAAGAUGACUCAAUUCAAACGGCCAGAUGGCACCAUGAAGUUUCGCCUCAUGGCAGAGGCGUAUCGCCAGCAGCUGAGCGAUUACGAAUUAUGCUUGACUCGCAUGAUGGAAAAAGACGGCAAGGUUUCACACGAAGCCGUGGAAGGAAAUAUCAAGGCAGUCGGCGUUUGGGAGACAGUAGGCAGUCUUGGGAUUCCUAGGAUGCCGUGGUGCAACUUGCACACCGCCGGCCGCCGUGCCGAGGAGCUCCGAUUUGCAAGCUACAACGUCCACCCCAACAUCGAUCACGCGUUUCACGCCCUUGCCCUGGACGAAUUCAGAAGCCCUUUCGCUCCCACGCUUUGGAGGUGCAAGAGGUCGAACACAAAUACUCAGCUUCGCCAGGUUUGGUUUCCUGGAUGCCACAGCAACGUCGGCGGAGGCUCCGAUUCACAGCAAAUCUCCAAGAUUGCCCUUGGAUGGAUGGCGGAUCAAUUGACUUCCGUCGGGGUGGAAUUCAGCACGUGCGAAAUGCAGCGCAUCUUCAGCACAAUCUCCCACGGAGAUACCAUUCGGCCCUGGGGUCUCGGUGAGAUCACCAGUCCGACAUCUUUGGUCACGACCGGUCUCGACAGGGCUUGGAACAUGAUCACAGCGCCGUAUCAUGCGUACCACGGUCAAUUCGCAGAGAGCUCGGCGCGGACGCCUCAUUUCUACCGAGAUGAGUCAGAUGACGGCGACAAGAAGGUUUUGACACACACCAAGGAGCUGGUUCACCCCUGCGUCAGAGUCCGGUACCUGUACAACGGUCUCGGGCUAGACGACAAGGCUGAGUGGCGCUGUAAUGCCCUCACUGGGCGCGGUUGGGACCUGAAGCUUGAUGGAGGCGUAGUUCCAACCGAGAUUCGGCAAGGUCGCGACCCGAAGAUCGUGGACAAGUACAAGACCGUGGGCGGAUCCGUCACCGCCAUUCAUCAACAGUAUCCGAAAAUUCAAGCUGAGGAAGGCAAUCUCGUUGAUACUGAGCAGCCCUCGGAAAAGAAUAUGUGGCAGUUGAAGGCUCCGAAAAACACUUAUACUUGGACCCACCCAGAAGGCAAGGUGCUCAAAGAAGAGCAAAUCGGCAUGUGGGAGCGCAUGUUCAUCGACAUCAACGACGACCUCGUCGACUUGAAACAGAGGAGCGACAAUGAGAAGAGAGACAAACGGACGCGCGGUGACCGCCUAAGAGACCAGGCGACGAGCAGGGUGUACUACGCCCUGAGCAUGGCGGAGUGGAUUGUGAAGGCUUCCGUCGGCGCGAUCUUGGGCACGCGGCCGGACAAGCAGUACCCGAUCGGGUACCCGUUGCAGCAUGGGUACUACGACUUUGUGUCGUGGCAGAGGGGCCUCAAGCAUGGUGCUUCGGAGGUUGACUCGUCGGCGGAGGACGUGCAGGCAACUGAGAAUGGCGAUGUCCAUGUUCAUUAUCACUGGAUGAAUGAUGGUACGUAAUGAGAGGUCUCGACUUAACCUGUAGGUUUAUACCAGGCAUGGGAUACUUGGCGAUUUACUUUCAUUUGUCUGCUGGAACUUUAUAUUUUCGGAUGCCCAAGGUUCUUGGCUCGAGACUUCUGCAACGUUGCCAAUCAGUUGGGUAAAAAGGAUAGCCCCUUUGUAACAGUCUGGACGAACAAAGAAGCAGCUAUAUUGUUCAUUAAAGCGCAAUUUUAUUUGAACCCUUCACAUAGCGACUCAACUUGAGCAAGUGAAGUGUUUCAAUAUUCCAG